AGGGCACAUAACACCACGACAGAAUUCUGAAACGGCAUUGGUCACAUUUGGUUGCGUGGCGAACACGGAAGUAAGGCGUCUCUCUGAUGUGAUGUGAGCAAAAUGAUCGGGGAUCUGUUGAUAUUCGGGACCUUACUGGUUAAUGCAGGAGCUGUGCUGAACUUCAAGCUCAAAAGAAAGGAGUCCCAACAAGGAUUCGGAGAUGAGUCCAGAUCACCCACAACAGGUGACAACAUCAGAGAGUUCCUGCUCAGCCUCCGGUACUUUCGUAUCUUCAUUGCUCUAUGGAACAUCUUCAUGAUGUUCUGCAUGAUUGUAUUGUUUGGGUCAUGAUCCACCUUUGUGUACUGGACUUUCAUCAGGAUGCUGAUUUUCUAGGAUGGAUGCUAUAAACUUCUUCUAAACUGGAGUUUACUGUUCUUUUGGCCCUUACAAUUGUAUUUAUGGUUCAUUUCUUAUUAACAACCCAAAAUCAUAAAUCUGCUUCCGGCUGUACAGGAAUUUAUGAAUCGCUGUAUUUAUUUUGUCUUAUAGAAGUUGUUACAUUUGUACCCUGGUUGAACUGUAUCUACGCCAGCACACGUGCCAUUGCUGGAAAUGUGUUGUCUUGUGCCCAUGGGCUUCAACAUUGAACAGGAGCAUUUUUCUCCAGCAUAUCAGUUUUGAAACAGAGAUGAAAAUGAUAAACAGCCUUCACUUACAGGAUUACAAAACUUGCUAAAUAAGCUGAAAAAGCUGCAGGGAACUAUAUUUAAUGUGAGGCAAAAUGAUCUGUCACUUACAGAACCCUACAUCCCCUCUGUACAAACAUGUCCAAAUGUACUCAUCAGCUUUUAUGCUCCUUAUUUCAAUCUGGAAAAAAUAUCACUUUUUCCUUUAUUCAGGGGCACCUGUGCUAUGACUAAAUGUUUAAGCCCUACAAUGUAAAUGUGUUCUUAUUCCUAACGAUAAAAAUACACAGUUUUCUUAUGCAAUGUCUGUUGAUUGACAUGAAAAAUUGUUUUGACUGUAUUGGGACAAGGAACGCACGAUCUGACCUCAUUAAGUCAAAUGGGCAUUGGCCAGACGUGACUAUUAAUGUCAUUAUGAGAUCCCCUUAUAAUACUUCAUAUUUAAUACGGAUAAUAACUGUAUAUUCUAUGUACUGUAAAUGUAUUACACUGUACAGUGCAGUUUAUAUUAUACAAUAGAUUAACAUACUUAAAAUCUGUGACUUUAGAAUGCCACUAACAAUGAUGAUUGUCUCUUCCGAGCAAAAAAGGUUGCAGAUUUGAACCCACUGGCAGAUGACAUUUAAUGUAUGGAUGGAAAUAAACUGAAUAGGGGUUUCUUUGUGUAGACUGAGAGCCACUGCUAAGGGUUAGGUGUGGAGAAGCUGGCAAAUAAAUGCAAUAGACACAAUACCUUUUUUACCCUCUUUAUUCAAACCCCAAUUCAGAAAAAAACAAGGCAGCUUAAAGCGAGCAUUAACAUGCACAUGUAUUUCAUUUUUUCAUUUAACAGUGUCUGAGGAUUCGACGAAAUAUAAUACAUAAAAUAAAGCAAUGCAAGUAAAUGAAAG